CCAUUGCGUAACACUAACACAUAUAUACGCACACAUACACACGCUCCCUCCCAUCUCUGUAAACGUAAUAAUAAUACACUCAAAGAUCUGACGGAGAGAGUCUGCAUUUCAAAACUCUCUUUUGUAAGAGAGGAGAAAAGAAACCAAACAGUUGAGUGUUGUGUUGCAGAGAAUAAUGGAGAUCUUUUACUAUAUGGUUUUUGGGGCGUUGGCCGCCGUGGUGGCAGGGUUGGAGCUGAGUAAGAGCAACAAAGAUCGGAUAAAUACUUCUUCAGCUUUCAAUUCCUUCAAGAAUAAUUACUUGCUCGUUUACUCUCUCAUGAUGGCUGGUGACUGGUUGCAGGGUCCAUAUGUGUACUACCUUUACAGUACUUAUGGUUUUGGGAAAGGUGAAAUUGGGCAGCUAUUUAUUGCUGGAUUUGGGUCUUCCAUGUUGUUUGGAACCAUUGUUGGAUCUCUAGCAGAUAAACAGGGUCGGAAGAGAGCAUGUGUUACUUACUGCAUCACAUAUAUACUGAGCUGCAUUACGAAGCAUUCUCCACAAUACAAAGUUCUGAUGAUUGGACGUGUUUUGGGUGGUAUUGCCACAUCUCUCUUGUUUUCUGCAUUUGAGUCAUGGCUUGUUGCAGAACACUUCAAGCGGGGCUUUGAUCCACAAUGGCUCUCAUUAACUUUCUCCAAGGCAAUAUUCCUUGGCAAUGGUCUUGUUGCCAUUUUAGCUGGGUUGUUUGGGAAUACGCUUGUUGACUCCUUGAAUCUUGGGCCUGUAUCUCCAUUUGAUGCUGCUGCAAUAUUUCUGGCUAUUGGAAUGGCUAUAAUAUUAUCAUCAUGGACUGAGAACUAUGGAGACCCUUCAGAGAACAAGAACUUGCUUACUCAAUUCAAGGGCGCUGCUGUAGCAAUUGCUUCAGAUGAGAAGAUAGCAUUGCUUGGUGCAAUCCAGUCUUUGUUUGAAGGUUCAAUGUAUACAUUUGUGUUCCUCUGGACACCUGCUCUCAGUCCGAAUGAUGAAGACAUUCCCCAUGGUUUUAUUUUUGCUACUUUCAUGUUAGCUUCAAUGUUGGGAAGCUCAAUCGCAGCUCGCUUAUUGGCCCGCAAUGCAGUUAAAGUGGAGAGCUACAUGCAGAUUGUAUUUGUUAUUUCUUCGGCCUCUCUAUUGCUUCCCAUAUUGACAAAUUUCUUUAUACCUCCUUCAGUGGUGAAAGGGGGUGGCAUCUCAUUUGCAGGUUGUCUCCAACUUCUUGGCUUUUGCGCUUUUGAAGCUUGUGUUGGGAUUUUCUGGCCAUCCAUUAUGAAAAUGAGAUCCCAAUACAUCCCUGAGGAAGCUCGAAGCACCAUCAUGAAUUUCUUCCGCAUCCCACUAAACAUCUUUGUUUGCAUUGUGCUAUACAAUGUUAGUGCAUUCCCCAUGACCUUUAUGUUCGGUAUGUGCUCCAUCUUCCUCUUUGUCGCCUCCAUCCUGCAGAGACGGCUCUCAGCAAUUGGAGAUAAGCCAAAGACAGAAGAAUGGAUGUUGAAGGACAAAAGUUCAGAGGCUGAGCCAUUAAAUGCUUAAUUCACUGCCACAAUCGGCAGACAACAUCUUGUGUAGUUGAGUAUACAAUUAAUUUUAUUGUGACUAUCACAUAAGUUAGAGAAAAAUUUAGGUGGCAAUACAGCAGAUUAGGGGAGAGAGUCAUUAAAAUGCUUCUAUCAACAUUUUCUUCUCUUGUCGAGAUUGCAAGAUUAAGAAACAUGCUAGCAUCUCUUGGGUCUGUCCCUUGCUGUAAAGGUAGUCCAAUAUUUCCCAUAAUUCUGAUGUCUUUUCUCCUAAUCUUGGUCGAGACGGCCCUAGUUUUGUAUUCGAUACUUAUUUCUACUGUAAGAGUACAAUGUCAUGUUGGUUUAACAGUCUUACAUUUGUUUGCUUAA